UUUGUGCUGCUUGCUAAUUCUAAGCGCACACCUCCCCUGCUUCAUUGUUCGUAACCAGGCUGUGACAUUCAGUAAGGCUCACACUAUGCAGUUCUACAGGAUGCCUAUCGUGAAGAAAGCUCUGAUUGGGAUACCGCUCCUAUGGAUGUUGAAACGGAUAUUCCUCCCUUACCUGUGGCAGGACCUCAGGUUUUUUUAUCGAGCUAUUGGCUAUAUGCGGCAGAUCGAACGAGCAGUUAAACGCUGCCCCUCUUUUGGCCUGUUGGACUUGUUUGCGAAACAGGUGUCCAUAAGACCAAACCAGACCUUUAUUCUGUAUCAAGACCAGUCAUAUACCUACAAGGAGAUAGAUCUGAAAAGCAACCAAGCAGCGUGGGCUUUGAGUCACUAUGCGAAACUGAAAAAAGGUGAUUGUGUCGCCAUCUUCCUGGGCAACGAGCCUGCAUAUAUCUGGCUUUGGCUGGGACUAGCCAAAUUAGGAUGCCCAAUGGCUUGUAUGAACUACAAUAUCCGUUCUAAAUCCUUUCUGCAUUGCUUCAAGUGCUGCGGGGCAAAAGUGCUAAUUGCUGCUCCAGAACUGAAGGCUGCUGUGGAGGAAGUACUGUCCGAUCUCAGAGAAGAUGGGGUGCUGGUUUUUUACCUGAGCCGAGACUCGUCCACGGAAGGUGUUAUAACUUUACUUGACAAAGUGGAAGCUGCCUCUGAAAAGCCUAUUCCUGAGUCUUAUAGGGCAGGUUCUACCAUGAAGACACCAGCUCUGUAUAUUUACACAUCCGGGACUACAGGUCUUCCCAAGGCAGCUGUGAUAAAUCAAGGACGCCUUUUGAUAAGUUCCUCGAUAAGUACCCUGGCUGGAGUUUCAUGUAAUGAUGUUUUGUACAUUCCAUUGCCUUUAUACCACAGUGCUGGUCUUAUGAUUGGGGUCCGUGGAUGCAUCCAGCAAGGAGCCACCUGUGUUUUAAGAAAUAAAUUCUCAGCUAGCCAGUUCUGGGAUGACUGCAGGAAAUACAAUGUUACAGCCUUCCAGUAUAUUGGAGAGAUCCUUCGAUAUUUAUGCAACACUCCUAAGAAAGACAAUGAUAAGGAACACCGUGUGCGGCUUGCGGUUGGAAAUGGACUACGGUCAGAUGUCUGGAAAGAAUUCACUAAUCGUUUUGGUAAUAUACAUAUUUAUGAAUUUUAUGCUGCAACAGAAGGAAAUUCAUUUUUUUUCAACUACACAAGAAAAGAAGGAGCAACAGGCCGAUGCAACAGCUUAUUAAAGCGUGUAAGACCUUUUGAGCUGAUCAGAUAUGAUGUGGAAAAGGAUGAACCAGUCCGUGACGCUGCAGGACACUGCAUUCCUGUUGUAAGGGGAGAGGCUGGUUUGCUAAUAUCCGAAAUUACAGUUACCAAUCCUUUUGUGGGAUACGCAGGAGAUGAGUCACUGACUGAGAAGAAGAGACUUCGAAAUGUGUUUAAAAAGGGCGAUCUGUAUUUUAAUACAGGAGAUUUGUUAAUAAUGGACAAACAAGGUUUUAUUUUCUUCCAGGAUCGAGUCGGAGACACGUUUCGUUGGAAAGGUGAAAACGUAGCAACUACAGAAGUAGCAGAUAUAGUAGGGAUGACUGACUUCAUCGAAGAAGCCAACGUGUACGGAGUUCCAGUGCCUUAUCAUGAAGGAAGAAUUGGAAUGGUAUCCAUCAAACUUAAGCAAGGGGAAUCAUUUGAUGGGGUCAAACUGUACAAAACUGUGACAGAUUAUUUACCUAACUAUGCCCAACCUCGUUUUGUGAGAAUACAGGACGCUAUUGAAGUUACUGGAACCUACAAGCAGCGCAAAGUGGAACUAGUCAAAGAGGGCUUUAAUCCACUCACUAUUAAAGAUGCAUUGUACUUCUUAGAUGAGAGCAAAAAACAAUACAAACCAAUGGAUCCCCACAUUUACAAUUCAAUUAUGGAAAACAAAUUAAAACUUUAAUGUGGUCACAUACCAAGAAUCAAUAUUUUUUACAUGGAAUUUCUUACAUCGAAUAAUGCCCCAAUGCUUUACUAUUGAUCACAGUUUAGAUUAAACGUGUUCCCAGCUCCGAUUUAUCACAUUGAAUAUGUGUAUCAUAAUCACAUGAACUUGCUGCAAAAAAUUUAAUAAAUAAAAAUGAAACCGCAGACUGGACAAAACAGGACAUUUCAGCAUGUCUGAUUGAAAGAAGCAUAGGAUGACAUUAAUAAAUUAUAGGCUCACAUUAUGUAUUAUUGUUAAUAUACUGUAUGGUGUUUCCACAUGAAGUUAACACAUUAGGAAGCUUGAAGGCUUAUUUUUUUUGUAUUAAAUUUCCCUGUAUUAUUUAUUUCACAAAAUUUCUUAAUUCAAUAUAAACCAAGCAAAAACUAUGUACAUCAUUAAUUGAUAUCACUAACAAUAUUGGCAGGUAUUAAGACAUUUAGUGAAAUAAAUUAAAAUAAAUAAUCUAAGGGGA